AUGUCGUCACUCGAUUUAGCAGAGGAUUUUACUCUCCAACCAUCAACGAUGCUGCUAGUAGUCGACAAGUACAUGUUUUGUCAUAUCAUUUCCUUCAUGCCCUAUUUCUAUCAAUCAAAAUUUAAGCGAUUAAACAAGUAUACCUUAAAGUGGAUCGAGUACAAUCAAAAGUAUUUACUCAUUCAGAGGAUAUUAAAGUUCACUUCAUCAGAGGAGAUGAAGAAGAAACAUCCCGAUUAUUAUGAACAUAUUGUAAAGGAUUCAAAUAGAGUUCUUUUGGAAUUGGAUGAUUUGAAACAUGUGGAGAGGGAGGAUUUUGUUAAAUGUGAUUUAUUUUCAAUUAUGGAAGAUCCAGAGAAAUUAUUGGAAUUUAUCAAACAAUUUUAUUAUCUAAAUGAUAAGAGAUGGCUAUUGUAUUGGAAUAAUGUUGGAGAUGCAUAUUUCUCUCAGAAAACAAUCUAUGAUACUGACAUGUUGUUUGAUAGAAAGUAUGAGGAAGCAUUUCAGUUGGAAGGAAAUGUAACAAUGUUGGAUGAGCAAAUUGCCAGACAUUUCUUUAUUAACUUGACAGUAAUUGGUGUAAAAACUCUAUCAGUUCCUCUUCCACAAUAUUUGGACACGCUGUACAUGGUAGGGAUAGCUGGCGUGGAGUUCUUAUUUAGUAGUUUGGAACCCUCUUCAGGAGAGCCAUCAACGUAUUAUCAUCUGUUUCACAGGGCAAUUCCAUUCUUUACCAAUUGUUUCACAAGUGUCAGGAAGAAGAAAGGCAUUAAGAAAAUUAGAAACUGUGUACCUUUAAAGACCAAUAUUCAAUCAAGGAAACGAGCUGAAAAGUAUUUGUUACAAUGUGCACAGGCCCACAAUGUUCAUCCUUCCCUUAUACCACUUGGAGAGCUUUUCGUUUAUUCCAUGUUUGACAAGGAAAAGAAAUCUCAACUCAAUUGGGAAAAUGCUGUAUAUUUCUAUGAAAAAUCUAUAAUAUCAGUUUGUGAAAAGUUGAGAAAUGCAGCUGUUGGCAAGGAAAUGGACAUUACUCAAUUUUUAUUCACACCAAUAUUGGAAAUUGCAAGAAAAACCUAUCUUUCUGAAAAAAGUGAAUCAAAAUUUUUAACCUCACUCAAUCUAUUUCACCAAGACGGAACUGUAAAAGAAAAUAAGGAACGAUUGGAAUAUCUUUUAAAGUUUGUGGAUCAAGAAUGUUUUACUAAUCUUUCUCUUCCAAUUCUGGUUAGAAUUCUCGAUUCUGAAACCAAGUCAAAAUUCCAGAAAUUCUACUUACACACAACACUCCAAAUCAAGAAAUUCAAAUUGGAAGAUUAUAAACUAUACAGUUGGGAGAAUGAUGUUAUGAAUACUGCUUUAACAUUCAUGCCCAAGAAAGAAGAGCUACCCAGACCAGCAGAAACCAAUUCACAACAAAAACCAACAAAGCAAAAGAACAAGUUCACUAAAAUAAAUGUAGACUAA